AUGAUAAUAAGGAAGAGGAUCCAUGUGCGUGUGGAGCACGUGCACCUGUCAAGGUGUGAAGAGGAGUUUAUGCUGAGGAAGAAGAAGAACGAUGAGCUCAAGGCUGCUGCUAAAGCAAGAGGAGAGACAAUAAGCACAAAGAGACAACCAAAAGGUUCAUGGUCGAAGGUUUCCCCAAGCUGUAUCUCAUGGUAUUCCACUUCAGCCGUACAGGCAAAAAGAGCUUAUGCGGUCUCCAUGGGAAGCAAAACUGUGGAGUCUACUGCUGCAGCACUGAUUGACCAUCAGACUUUCCUCCAUGUUGCUUCUGUCUGUGCAUUUCAUAUCAGAAUCGAUGAAAUAAUACAACCUUGA